AUGUUAGAUCUUGGCCCGCUGGACCUUGCAGUUCCUGUCAUCGUUCUUAUUAUAACAAUCGUAUACCUAUUUAUUACUUUCGUUGUCUUGUUGAGGAACCUCGAGCUGUCGCAAUUGAUUUCACGACACGCAUUCCGGCAAGCCUGGUUCGAGCGCUGUUGGGUGUUCUUCGGUUCAGCAUCGAAGCCGCUCUUUGCCAAAGAUGUUGAGGCAACGCUUGAUGAAGCCCGUGGAAUCGUUCUUGACAUCGGAACCGGUUCGGGCGACUGGUUAUAUCUAUUAGCGCCACCAAGAAACGAACAUAUAUUGACGCUCAUACUCCUGGAACCAAACCGUAAUUUCCACGGAGUCCUUCGGAUGAGAGCGGAGAAGUUGGGGCUGGCUGGAAGAUACGAGAUUAUUGACGGUGGAAUUAAGGACCUAGAAAGAAUAGGUGUUCAGACAGGAACAAUUGACACAAUCACCACGGUUCACGUGCUGUGCAGCGUCGAGGCACCGCAAGCUUUAGUCAAGAGGCUAUACGCGUACUUGAAGCCUGGAGGACAGUCGCUUGUAUACGAACACAUCAAAACAAGGAACGAGAAAUCGUUACCGGCGCAUUGGCAAGAAGAUUUCCUGUUGCACGCUGGCGAGUGGAAGUCGGCAGAUCUCCGUCCUGGACCGAAGGAAGGACGGUUCAACCAGCUACCACAUACGGUUGGAAGACUUGUUAAACGGGGUUCCUAG